AUGGUAACCAUUCGAGCUGACGAAAUUAGUAAUAUUAUCCGUGAACGUAUUGAACAAUAUAAUAGAGAAGUAAAGAUUGUAAAUACCGGUACCGUACUUCAAGUAGGCGAUGGCAUUGCUCGUAUUCACGGUCUUGAUGAAGUAAUGGCGGGUGAAUUAGUAGAAUUUGCAGAGGGUACAAUAGGCAUUGCUCUGAAUUUGGAAUCAAAUAAUGUUGGUGUUGUAUUAAUGGGCGAUGGUUUGUUGAUACAAGAAGGAAGUUCUGUAAAAGCAACGGGAAGAAUUGCUCAGAUACCCGUGAGUGAGGCUUAUUUGGGUCGUGUUGUAAAUGCCCUGGCUAAACCUAUUGAUGGUAGAGGUGAAAUUUCUGCUUCUGAAUUUCGAUUAAUUGAAUCUGCCGCCCCGGGUAUUAUUUCGCGCCGUUCCGUAUAUGAGCCUCUUCAAACUGGGCUUAUUGCUAUUGAUUCGAUGAUCCCUAUAGGACGUGGUCAGCGAGAAUUAAUUAUUGGGGACAGACAGACCGGUAAAACAGCAGUAGCCACAGAUACGAUUCUCAAUCAACAAGGUCAAAAUGUAAUAUGUGUUUAUGUAGCUAUUGGGCAAAAAGCAUCUUCUGUGGCCCAGGUAGUAACUACUUUACAGGAAAGGGGAGCGAUGGAAUACACUAUUGUGGUCCUCAACAAAUUCUAG